AGAAAGCUCAACGUGGCGGCGGUUCCAGUCGACAGACUAGAUGCCAAGUGCGAAACACAUUCCCUUCAUUUCAUUUCACCCGCUUAUCUACCUCCAAUAUUAUUAUAUAAUAUUAAUUUCUACCUAAAUAAUAUUUUCAUUCCUCUCAUACAAAUAGAAACCAAUCCAACAGACUUUUCAGUGUAUAAAACAGAAUCUCCCUGACUCCUCACCUAGCUUUGGCAAUAUCAACACACCACACAACACAUAUGGUUUAGUAAUUUUAGUUUAUCAUACAUAAACAGAAACAGAGUAUCAUGGAACAAGAAAGAGAUUGUUGUUCAACAAUCAUACGAAACAGAACCAACAACAACAACGCCCAAGAAAAACACAAACAACAAGAGAAACCAUACAGAGGAAUAAGAAAAAGAAAGUGGGGUAAGUGGGUAGCAGAAAUAAGAGAACCAAACAAAAGAUCAAGAAUUUGGUUGGGUUCUUACAUAACCCCCGUAGCCGCCGCACGUGCCUACGACACCGCUGUAUUUUAUCUAAGAGGUCCUUCGGCUCGUCUUAAUUUCCCAGAACUGCUGUUUCAAGACGACGAAGAAAACAACGGCGACGACGGUUCUGUUCAACAAGGUGAUAUGUCUGCUGAUUUAAUACGGAAAAAAGCCACUCGAGUCGGUGCUAGAGUUGAUGCUCUCCAAACAGCUCUUCAGGAUUCAACACGCUCCACUUCUACUCAAUUUAUGUCUCAUGUUAAACCAGAUUUGAAUGAGUAUCCAAAACCUGAAGAUUAAUUAAUAUUCGCUUCACUUUCAGGAUUAAUAUUAUUCAUACUCUCUCUAUCUAAUCUCUAAUAUCCAUCCAUCAAUCAACCAAAUAUUUUGUUAUGAUGGGGAUUCUAUUGUAACUUGCAAUUUCCGCUACUAUAUUAUUACUAUUUAUUAUCUUCUUUUGUUACAAUUGUUAACAGAGCAUAUAUACAUAGGAAGAGUUAAUAGACCCUAGCUUGUCAUAAAUCAGUGUAACCUACUUUUAAUUAUGGUGAAGCAAUAAGUCUUAAUUUAAA